AUGGUUCUGUCGGCGUCGCAGCAAGUCGCCCUGGCGUUCACGGCCGUGCUGUUCACGUUCGUCGUCCUGCCGAAGAUGUUCGGCGUCGGCACGGGGGCCAAGGAGACGAGGCUCGACCCUCGCUACUCCAGGAAAGGUGGUCCCGGCCCGGGCGCGCCAAGAGGUCCGUCGGUCAGCACGGGCGCCCCGAGCUCACGUCAGUCGGCCGAGAGCGUCCAACAGAUGAAGAGGCUGAUGGAGCAGGAGCUGAAGGCCGACAAGUUCAAAUCCGCCAAUAACGGGAAGGGCUACGUCUUCACGCUCAUGCCGCUGUACGCCAUUGGGGUCGGGGUGUUUGCGGCGUACAAGUUUCUGAAGAUCAAGUCUUCGGAUGACCAGGCGCAAAAGGAAAAGUUCGCGAAAGGGGCCAAGAAAUCGGCCGAAGCAGAGAACCAGCUGAGCGAACUGGAACAAAGGCUCGCUCAAACCGAGAGGAUGCUCAAUUCCAUUCUCACCCAGCUCGACCCGCUCACAAACUGUGCCAAAUCUGUGGCCCAGGACCAGAAGAACGAGAUCUUGACCCAGCUCCAGACAAUCCGCUGCCUCAUGAAAAAAAGAGGAAUGGAGUGUCCGCCUUUGAACGAGGCCUGCUUCGAGCAGAGUCUGGACCACCUCAUCGAAACGCUGGGGGCCGACGAGACCUCGCCGCACGCCGACAGGAGCUCGGAAACGGCGGGAGGCGGCGACGUGACAGAAGCGCUCCCGGAAAUAUCGGAGGAGGAAACGGCAGAAGGGAACGGAGACGACAACGACGGUGUGGAGGAAACAGAGGUCGUCGAUGGGGAGGAAGAGGAAGGAGACGAGGAGCUUGAUGUCACGCCUUCGCCGGAGGACCCCAAGCGCGAGGAGGGCGGCCUCAGGCGGCGCAACGUUCCGGAAUGAACUCGCUGCGGGGAGAAGGUUACUGUGUAGGGUUAUUUAUUGUCAAAAAAUUAUUCAGUCAUCGUCUCUCCCCCGUCCCCCACCCCAAAAAUAUCUUUCAAUCACUCAAUACACAGGGCUAGUUGUUUCUGAUAUACCGUAAAAAUGUAAGUGCAGUCAGUCCUCUGUUCUAUAAGCAGUUAUUAAAUGUGGGGGAAAAAAACAAAACAGAUUAGAUGUGCCUUUUCAAAGAUGGGAAAGAACUGAUGAACACAAAAUUCAAGUUUUUUUUUUUUUUUUUUAUUUCCUUGAACUGGAAUUGUAGAUAAGACCAGGUGUCUAUUAUGGCUAAUACAAUUUUAUUUUUAUUCUAUGGAAGCCUUUAUCUUUACUGAUAACGUUUUUCAUAAAAUUUUGAUCACGUUUGAUUUAAAAUAAAUCAAUCAUUUACAAAACAUUUAUAUCUUUAGAGGUAAUUACGCCCCCCUACCCACCCAAAAAAAAUUUGUCUUUAAAGUUCUUUCAAAUAAGUUUGAAAGCCAAGUCUCGCUGCAUGCUUGCCUGCAAAAUGUUAUUGCGUGGUAUCAACUUAAAAAAAAAAAAAAAAAAAAAGUCAACUCACAAUUCAUCUUUAAUAUUGUCACUGUUCUCCAUCCCAGUACUUUACAAUAGUUUGAUACAUCGGAAUUAUAAUUGCUGUCAUUCACUUAUUGUUCCAUUCCUGGAGUUACAUGUAAACAAAAAUCUUUAGUUUUUAUCUUGUUUGAUGCUUAAUUUUAUUUGUAUUAUAUUAUUUUUGCCUUACUUUUCCCCAAUGUCUAUAGAUUGUGGAAGUGGCGUGCUAAAACACCUUUAUAAAGAAAUAAAUGGAUAAAAGAU